AAACAAAGUGCAAGAUUCCCCCAUUUUCCUUUUUUUCUGCUCAACAUUAAAUUAUUUUCUGCAUUCCUCUUUCAGCAAGCUUUUGAAUUCACUUUACACCCUCAACAUAUCUGCCACUAAAAGGCCCGGUCAAUACGGACCGACCAUAUCCAUCAGGUAAAUGACUAGCGUUCACAGUCUUGAUUUAUCUGAUGUUGGCGCUGAAACCGUCUUCAGCGAGUACGAGGACAUGUCAGCCACAUACGCCCCGACAGGCGAGAGCACUGUUAAAGUGGGCUUCAACGUGCUAAACACAAUCAUUGGAUCGGGCAUUGUGUGCCUACCGUACGCCUUGCACAACGCGGGCUUUGUCUUUGGGCUCAUCAUGCUGGGAGUCAUUGCAGCGUUGUCACAAUUCUCGCUCUAUGCCUUGGUCGUUGCUGGCAAGCGCACGAACACGGCGCAUUUUUCGUCACUCACACAGGUGGCUCUGGGGCAACCCGGGUACCAUUUCUUAAACUACUCCAUGGUCAUCGACAUGGUCGGCACGGUGGUCCUAUACCUCAUGUUGGUCGGCGAUCUAGUAAGUGCGCUGGCAAACAUUUACCUGCCUGUAGUCGUGAGCCGCUCCAGCGUCAUCAUGGUUAUCUCCCUGCUUUUUGUUUUGCCAAUGCUGUUCUUCCGCAACACUGGCCCACUGGCCCGCCUGUCGAUUGUCUCCAUUUUAUGCCUUCCAUACAUCAUUCUGGCCGUGGCAUUCCGCGCUCCUCUGUACGCUGGCAAAACAUCAGCGGACUUUUCAUUAUUUGGGCCACGCAUCCUACCGGCCAUGGGCGUGUUGGCAUUCACGUAUAGCUCGUGCCACGCGGCUUUCCCCAAUUAUUUGGGUUUGAAGGAUCGGUCGGUCAAGUCCUGGUUGCGCGCGUCGUCUUCCGCGAGCAUGGGCGCCAGUCUUAUUUCAAUGGCAUUUGCAGUAACUGGAUUCCUGGCAUUCGGCAGCAAGGCCGAGGCCAACGUUUUGAACAACUUCCCACCCUCGGACAACUACAUAAACCUCGGACGCCUGCUGUUUGCCGUCACACUGAUUCUGACCACUCCCAUGGCAUUUUACCCUAUCCGCGACACAGUCACUGAAAUGUUCCACAUUGAUCCAGAAAGACACGGUGUCAGCCGCGUGCCAGAGUCCAUAUGCACUGUGAUUAUUUUCCUUGCCUGCGCUCUGGCCGCUGCUGUGUUCACUGAUUUGGGGCUCGUGUAUGAGUUGAUUGGCGCGCUGUCUUCCAGCGUGGUCAACUUUUUGCUUCCUUCGUUGAUAUACAUCUGGGCUGGAACCGAUGUAACGCUAGUGGCUAUUAUCAGGAGAUACGGCCGGAUAUCCACCACCGCCAAUGGUGCUACUGCUGUUACUGCUGCUGCUGAUGCUCAUGAUGGCCAGGGUAAUUUGAACUCGCAGGGGGAGAUGCCGCUUCUGAUGAGACACAAAAUAAAAGACCCCCUUGGAGCCCAGGAGAUCGGGCUGUGGUUGAUGGCAUGGGUAGUGGCAGGAUUCGGCAUGUGGGUCAUGGUUCUGGGCACAUACAAUAUUGGCCGCGAUUUAUGAAUGCGGACGAAUGGUGUUAUUCACACCCGAGUUGUUAACAAAUAUAUUUAAUAUAUGAUAAUCUUGUG